AUGGAAAAGCAAGAAGCAAUAGUUCUCUAUCCAUCACCACCAAUAGGUCACUUAAUCUCCAUGGUUGAGUUAGGCAAACUCAUCCUCUCCCAAAACCCAUCUCUCUCCAUCCACAUCAUCUUAGCUCCACCACCGUACAAGCCGGAAACAACCGCCGCUUACAUCUCCUCCGUCUCCUCCUCCUUCCCUUCACUCACCUUCCACCGCCUCCCAACCGUCGAGCCUCCCUCCUCCACAAAACAGUGUAAACACCACGAGACACUCACCCUAGAAAUACUCUCUCUCAGCAACCCAAACAUCCACCGGACUCUUCUCACCAUCUCCAAAACAUUCAACCUCUGUGCCAUGAUCAUCGACUUCUUCUGCACCGCCGUGUUAGACGUCACCGCCGGUUUCACUUUCCCGGUCUACUACUUCUGGACCUCCGGAGCCGCAUGUCUCGCCUCCUUCUUCCAUCUCCCAACUAUCCACGAAACAACAGCCGGGACAAACCUCAAAGACCUCCGCUCGCUACUCACCAUCCCCGGCGUUCCUCCGAUCAGAGGCUCCGAUUUUCCUAAGCCGGUUCUCGACCGCGAAGAUGAUAUCUACGAUGCAUUUAUAUCGAUGUGUAAGCAGCUCUCGAAAUCUCCCGGGAUCAUUAUCAACACCUUUGAGACGUUAGAGAACAGAGCCAUCAAGGCCAUAACAGAGGAGCUCUGUUUUCGCAAUAUUUAUCCGGUCGGACCGCUGAUUACUACCGGAAGAAACGGAGAUAAGAAUGUCGAAAACACAGAUUCUUGUCUGGAUUGGCUCGAUUCGCAGCCGGAACAGAGUGUUGUGUUCCUCUGUUUCGGAAGCUUGGGUUUGUUUGAAGAAGAACAGCUGAAAGAGAUUGCUAUAGGUUUGGAGAAAAGCGAGCAGAGGUUCUUGUGGGUGGUUCGUAAUCCACCCGGGCUACAAAACCAAACCGAACCGGACUUGGAAUCUCUCUUACCGGAAGGUUUUAUAAACCGAACCGGACACAGGGGAAUGGUCGUCAAAUCUUGGGCUCCGCAAGUUCCGGUUCUGAAUCAUAAAGCAAUCGGCGGAUUCGUCACUCAUGCCGGCUGGAAUUCAAUUCUCGAAUCCGUUUGCGCCGGCGUACCGAUGGUGGCGUGGCCGUUGUAUGCCGAGCAGAGAUUUAACAGAGUGGUGAUCGUGGAUGAGAUCAAGAUUGCGAUUCCGAUGAUUGAAUCGGAGACGGGUUUCGUGAGCUCGAUGGAGGUGGAGAAACGAGUCCGAGAGAUAAUGGAGGAUGGUCCGGUUAGGGAGAGAACCAAGGCCAUGAAGAAUGCGGCCGAAUUAGCAUUGACGGAAACCGGUUCGUCUCGUACCGCUUUGACUGCUUUACUUCAGUCGUGGAGCCCAAAACGAUCUUCUUAA